AUGCUUGACGUUGCAGCGGGCGUUGGAGGGAGGGACCAAAACGAAAGGGGCGUGUUCAGUCACAGCGUGUCGGGUGCAGGUGUCGAUAGAAACCCUAGUGCGAACCAGCAGCAGCACAACGGCCAUAGCCAGCAGCAGCAUCAGCAGCACCAUCAUCAUCAGCAGCAGCAGCAGCAGCACCAGGCGCAUCAGCAGCAGCAGCAGCAGCAGCAGGCGCAUCAGCAGCAACAGAGUCAGGCGUAUUGGCGUCAAAGCGCAGGUGUUUCGUCAGGUGCUGCCAUUGUUCCAGGACCUGGCAGCAGCAGCGUGUGUGUGCCGCGAGUGGAGAGCAGCAGCCACCAGCGAGCCUCUCUGGCCCCUGUUGACCCCUUUUUACCCCUGCUCCCCCUCCUCCCCCUCCUUCCCCAUCUGCAGCUCACCUUCCGCGCCCUGCCCCCGAGGGACCUGGCAGCAGCAGCGUGUGUGUGCCGCGAGUGGAGAGCAGCAGCCACCAGCGAGCCCCUCUGGCCCCUGGACCUGGCAGCAGCAGCGUGUGUGUGCCGCGAGUGGAGGGCAGCAGCCAUCAGCAAGCCUCUGUGGCACCGCCACACCAUCGCGCUCUGGCCCGCCCUCGCCAGCCCGGCUGUGGCUCGUCGGGUCUCCGAUUCCUGCGGCUUCUACCUCUUCUACAGCCCUGCUGUGGCGCGCCGGGUCUCCGACUCGUGUGUCUUCUAUUUGUUCUACAGGUUGGUCGCUCUCUCCAUCUCCCUCUCUGCCACCGCCACACCAUCGCUCUCUGGCCAGCGCUCGCCAGCCGUUGGUCGGUCUCUCCCCCUCUGGCCUGCCCUCGUCAGCCCUGCUGUGGCCUGCCGUGUGUCCGACUCCUGUGGCUUCUACCUCUUCUACAGGACGGGCCUCCCCGCCCCGCUGCCCUUUCACCUGGACGAUCUCACAUUCUUCUCCCUUUUUUCCCCCUCUUUUUGCGGACGGGCCUCCCCGCUGCCCUUCCACCUGGACGAUCUCACAUUCUUCUUUGACCUCUCCUUCCACGGCUCGCCCGUCUUCUCCCAAGCCUUCAAGUACAAGGGCGGCCGCGCCCUCCGUUUCCUCCGCCCCGGCCGGGCCUCACCGCUGCCCUUCCACCUGGACGAUCUCACGUUCUUCUUCGACCUCUCCUUCCACGGCUCCCCCGUCUUCUCACAAGCAUUCAAGUACGAAGGCGGCCGCGCCCUCGUCCCCUUCGCCCCUUCAUUCUUCUCCCCAUUCCCCCCACUCUUUGCCUUUUCCCCCUUCCCUCCCCUUCCUCAUCCCCAUCCCAUCAGGAAAAGAUUCCUCCGGCCAGGUCGCGCCUCCCCCUUACCCUUUCACCUGGACGAUCUCACGUUCUUCUUCGACCUCUCCUUCCACGGCUCCCCCGUCUUCUCCCAAGCCUUCAAAUACGAAGGCGGCCGCGCGCUCGUCCCCUUCGCCCACCACACCUUCUCAGACCCGUCCGCCAUCUUCCCCUCUAUAGAAGCACUCGAUAAGGACUCCUUUCGGCGGUCUCUAGCGGUGAAUUGGACGGUUUUACGGAGGACGGAUGGGAGAGGUUCAUGCUUGGUGCGGGCUUGUCCUGACAGGGUGGGGCAGGCACUACUGGUGCUGGAUAAGGAUAUGUUGCUGCCGCUGCCGGCGCAGCAGCAGCAGCAGCAGAGCCAGCGGCGGCAGCAGCAGCGGCAGCAGCGGCUGCAUGGGUCGGGGGGGAGUGGCGGGGGGCAGAGCGGGUCCAGCGGUGGUGCUAGUGUUGCUGUCGGUGCUGCUGCUGGUCCUGCUGGUGCUGCUGCUGGUGCUGGUGCAAUUGGCGCAGGAGGAGGAGCAGGGGGCAGUGGGCAGCAGGAGGAGGAGCAGGGGGCAGUGGGCAGCAGGAGGAGGAGCAGGGGGCAGUGGGCAGCAGGAGGAGGAGCAGGGGGCAGUGGGCAGCAGGAGGAGGAGCAGGGGGCAGUGGGCAGCAGGAGGAGGAGCAGGGGGCAGUGGGCAGCAGGAGGAGGAGCAGGGGGCAGUGGGCAGCAGGAGGAGGAGCAGGGGGCAGUGGGCAGCAGGAGGAGGAGCAGGGGGCAGUGGGCAGCAGGAGGAGGAGCAGGGGGCAGUGGGCAGCAGGAGGAGGAGCAGGGGGCAGUGGGCAGCAGGAGGAGGAGCAGGGGGCAGUGGGCAGCAGGAGGAGGAGCAGGGGGCAGUGGGCAGCAGGAGGAGGAGCAGGGGGCAGUGGGCAGCAGGAGGGGGAGCAGGGGGCAGUGGGCAGCAGGAGGGGGAGCAGGGGGCAGUGGGCAGCAGGAGGAGGAGCAGGGGGCAGUGGGCAGCAGGAGGGGGAGCAGGGGGCAGUGGGCAGCAGGAGGAGGAGCAGGGGGCAGUGGGCAGCAGGAGGAGGAGCAGGGGGCAGUGGGCAGCAGGAGGAGGAGCAGGGGGCAGUGGGCAGCAGGAGGAGGAGCAGGGGGCAGUGGGCAGCAGGAGGAGGAGCAGGGGGCAGUGGGCAGCAGGAGGAGGAGCAGGGGGCAGUGGGCAGCAGGAGGAGGAGCAGGGGGCAGUGGGCAGCAGGAGGAGGAGCAGGGGGCAGUGGGCAGCAGGAGGAGGAGCAGGGGGCAGUGGGCAGCAGGAGGAGGAGCAGGGGGCAGUGGGCAGCAGGAGGAGGAGCAGGGGGCAGUGGGCAGCAGGAGGAGGAGCAGGGGGCAGUGGGCAGCAGGAGGAGGAGCAGGGGGCAGUGGGCAGCAGGAGGAGGAGCAGGGGGCAGUGGGCAGCAGGAGGAGGAGCAGGGGGCAGUGGGCAGCAGGAGGAGGAGCAGGGGGCAGUGGGCAGCAGGAGGAGGAGCAGGGGGCAGUGGGCAGCAGGAGGAGGAGCAGGGGGCAGUGGGCAGCAGGAGGAGGAGCAGGGGGCAGUGGGCAGCAGGAGGAGGAGCAGGGGGCAGUGGGCAGCAGGAGGAGGAGCAGGGGGCAGUGGGCAGCAGGAGGAGGAGCAGGGGGCAGUGGGCAGCAGGAGGAGGAGCAGGGGGCAGUGGGCAGCAGGAGGAGGAGCAGGGGGCAGUGGGCAGCAGGAGGAGGAGCAGGGGGCAGUGGGCAGCAGGAGGAGGAGCAGGGGGCAGUGGGCAGCAGGAGGAGGAGCAGGGGGCAGUGGGCAGCAGGAGGAGGAGCAGGGGCAGUGGGCAGCAGGAGGAGGAGCAGGGGGCAGUGGGCAGCAGGAGGAGGAGCAGGGGGCAGUGGGCAGCAGGAGGAGGAGCAGGGGGCAGUGGGCAGCAGGAGGAGGAGCAGGGGGCAGUGGGCAGCAGGAGGAGGAGCAGGGGGCAGUGGGCAGCAGGAGGAGGAGCAGGGGGCAGUGGGCAGCAGGAGGAGGAGCAGGGGGCAGUGGGCAGCAGGAGGAGGAGCAGGGGGCAGUGGGCAGCAGGAGGAGGAGCAGGGGGCAGUGGGCAGCAGGAGGGGGAGCAGGGGGCAGUGGGCAGCAGGAGGGGGAGCAGGGGGCAGUGGGCAGCAGGAGGAGGAGCAGGGGGCAGUGGGCAGCAGGAGGGGGAGCAGGGGGCAGUGGGCAGCAGGAGGAGGAGCAGGGGGCAGUGGGCAGCAGGAGGAGGAGCAGGGGGCAGUGGGCAGCAGGAGGGGGAGCAGGGGGCAGUGGGCAGCAGGAGGAGGAGCAGGGGGCAGUGGGCAGCAGGAGGGGGAGCAGGGGGCAGUGGGCAGCAGGAGGGGGAGCAGGGGGCAGUGGGCAGCAGGAGGAGGAGCAGGGGGCAGUGGGCAGCAGGAGGAGGAGCAGGGGGCAGUGGGCAGCAGGAGGAGGAGCAGGGGGCAGUGGGCAGCAGGAGGAGGAGCAGGGGGCAGUGGGCAGCAGGAGGAGGAGCAGGGGGCAGUGGGCAGCAGGAGGAGGAGCAGGGGGCAGUGGGCAGCAGGAGGAGGAGCAGGGGGCAGUGGGCAGCAGGAGGAGGAGCAGGGGGCAGUGGGCAGCAGGAGGAGGAGCAGGGGGCAGUGGGCAGCAGGAGGAGGAGCAGGGGGCAGUGGGCAGCAGGAGGAGGAGCAGGGGGCAGUGGGCAGCAGGAGGAGGAGCAGGGGGCAGUGGGCAGCAGGAGGAGGAGCAGGGGGCAGUGGGCAGCAGGAGGGGGAGCAGGGGCAGUGGGCAGCAGGAGGGGGAGCAGGGGGCAGUGGGCAGCAGGAGGAGGAGCAGGGGGCAGUGGGCAGCAGGAGGGGUAGCAGGGGGCAGUGGGCAGCAGGAGGAGGAGCAGGGGGCAGUGGGCAGCAGGAGGAGGAGCAGGGGGCAGUGGGCAGCAGGAGGGGGAGCAGGGGGCAGUGGGCAGCAGGAGGAGGAGCAGGGGGCAGUGGGCAGCAGGAGGGGGAGCAGGGGGCAGUGGGCAGCAGGAGGAGGAGCAGGGGGCAGUGGGCAGCAGGAGGGGGAGCAGGGGGCAGUGGGCAGCAGGAGGGGGAGCAGGGGGCAGUGGGCAGCAGGAGGGGGAGCAGGGGGCAGUGGGCAGCAGGAGGAGGAGCAGGGGGCAGUGGGCAGCAGGAGGGGGAGCAGGGGGCAGUGGGCAGCAGGAGGAGGAGCAGGGGGCAGUGGGCAGCAGGAGGAGGAGCAGGGGGCAGUGGGCAGCAGGAGGGGGAGCAGGGGGCAGUGGGCAGCAGGAGGAGGAGCAGGGGGCAGUGGGCAGCAGGAGGGGGAGCAGGGGGCAGUGGGCAGCAGGAGGAGGAGCAGGGGGCAGUGGGCAGCAGGAGGAGGAGCAGGGGGCAGUGGGCAGCAGGAGGAGGAGCAGGGGGCAGUGGGCAGCAGGAGGAGGAGCAGGGGGCAGUGGGCAGCAGGAGGAGGAGCAGGGGGCAGUGGGCAGCAGGAGGAGGAGCAGGGGGCAGUGGGCAGCAGGAGGAGGAGCAGGGGGCAGUGGGCAGCAGGAGGAGGAGCAGGGGGCAGUGGGCAGCAGGAGGAGGAGCAGGGGGCAGUGGGCAGCAGGAGGAGGAGCAGGGGGCAGUGGGCAGCAGGAGGAGGAGCAGGGGGCAGUGGGCAGCAGGAGGAGGAGCAGGGGGCAGUGGGCAGCAGGAGGAGGAGCAGGGGGCAGUGGGCAGCAGGAGGAGGAGCAGGGGGCAGUGGGCAGCAGGAGGAGGAGCAGGGGGCAGUGGGCAGCAGGAGGAGGAGCAGGGGGCAGUGGGCAGCAGGAGGAGGAGCAGGGGGCAGUGGGCAGCAGGAGGAGGAGCAGGGGGCAGUGGGCAGCAGGAGGAGGAGCAGGGGGCAGUGGGCAGCAGGAGGAGGAGCAGGGGGCAGUGGGCAGCAGGAGGAGGAGCAGGGGGCAGUGGGCAGCAGGAGGAGGAGCAGGGGGCAGUGGGCAGCAGGAGGAGGAGCAGGGGGCAGUGGGCAGCAGGAGGAGGAGCAGGGGGCAGUGGGCAGCAGGAGGAGGAGCAGGGGGCAGUGGGCAGCAGGAGGAGGAGCAGGGGGCAGUGGGCAGCAGGAGGAGGAGCAGGGGGCAGUGGGCAGCAGGAGGAGGAGCAGGGGGCAGUGGGCAGCAGGAGGAGGAGCAGGGGGCAGUGGGCAGCAGGAGGAGGAGCAGGGGGCAGUGGGCAGCAGGAGGAGGAGCAGGGGGCAGUGGGCAGCAGGAGGAGGAGCAGGGGGCAGUGGGCAGCAGGAGGAGGAGCAGGGGGCAGUGGGCAGCAGGAGGAGGAGCAGGGGGCAGUGGGCAGCAGGAGGAGGAGCAGGGGGCAGUGGGCAGCAGGAGGAGGAGCAGGGGGCAGUGGGCAGCAGGAGGAGGAGCAGGGGGCAGUGGGCAGCAGGAGGAGGAGCAGGGGGCAGUGGGCAGCAGGAGGAGGAGCAGGGGGCAGUGGGCAGCAGGAGGAGGAGCAGGGGGCAGUGGGCAGCAGGAGGAGGAGCAGGGGGCAGUGGGCAGCAGGAGGAGGAGCAGGGGGCAGUGGGCAGCAGGAGGAGGAGCAGGGGGCAGUGGGCAGCAGGAGGAGGAGCAGGGGGCAGUGGGCAGCAGGAGGAGGAGCAGGGGGCAGUGGGCAGCAGGAGGAGGAGCAGGGGGCAGUGGGCAGCAGGAGGAGGAGCAGGGGGCAGUGGGCAGCAGGAGGAGGAGCAGGGGCAGUGGGCAGCAGGAGAGGAGCAGGGGGCAGUGGGCAGCAGGAGGAGGAGCAGGGGGCAGUGGGCAGCAGGAGGGGGAGCAGGGGCAGUGGGCAGCAGGAGGGGGAGCAGGGGGCAGUGGGCAGCAGGAGGAGGAGCAGGGGGCAGUGGGCAGCAGGAGGGGGAGCAGGGGGCAGUGGGCAGCAGGAGGAGGAGCAGGGGGCAGUGGGCAGCAGGAGGAGGAGCAGGGGGCAGUGGGCAGCAGGAGGGGGAGCAGGGGGCAGUGGGCAGCAGGAGGAGGAGCAGGGGGCAGUGGGCAGCAGGAGGAGGAGCAGGGGGCAGUGGGCAGCAGGAGGAGGAGCAGGGGGCAGUGGGCAGCAGGAGGAGGAGCAGGGGGCAGUGGGCAGCAGGAGGAGGAGCAGGGGGCAGUGGGCAGCAGGAGGAGGAGCAGGGGGCAGUGGGCAGCAGGAGGAGGAGCAGGGGGCAGUGGGCAGCAGGAGGAGGAGCAGGGGGCAGUGGGCAGCAGGAGGAGGAGCAGGGGGCAGUGGGCAGCAGGAGGAGGAGCAGGGGGCAGUGGGCAGCAGGAGGAGGAGCAGGGGGCAGUGGGCAGCAGGAGGAGGAGCAGGGGGCAGUGGGCAGCAGGAGGAGGAGCAGGGGGCAGUGGGCAGCAGGAGGAGGAGCAGGGGGCAGUGGGCAGCAGGAGGAGGAGCAGGGGGCAGUGGGCAGCAGGAGGAGGAGCAGGGGGCAGUGGGCAGCAGGAGGAGGAGCAGGGGGCAGUGGGCAGCAGGAGGAGGAGCAGGGGGCAGUGGGCAGCAGGAGGAGGAGCAGGGGGCAGUGGGCAGCAGGAGGAGGAGCAGGGGGCAGUGGGCAGCAGGAGGAGGAGCAGGGGGCAGUGGGCAGCAGGAGGAGGAGCAGGGGCAGUGGGCAGCAGGAGGAGGAGCAGGGGGCAGUGGGCAGCAGGAGGAGGAGCAGGGGGCAGUGGGCAGCAGGAGGAGGAGCAGGGGGCAGUGGGCAGCAGGAGGAGGAGCAGGGGGCAGUGGGCAGCAGGAGGAGGAGCAGGGGGCAGUGGGCAGCAGGAGGAGGAGCAGGGGGCAGUGGGCAGCAGGAGGAGGAGCAGGGGGCAGUGGGCAGCAGGAGGAGGAGCAGGGGGCAGUGGGCAGCAGGAGGAGGAGCAGGGGCAGUGGGCAGCAGGAGGGGGAGCAGGGGGCAGUGGGCAGCAGGAGGGGGAGCAGGGGGCAGUGGGCAGCAGGAGGAGGAGCAGGGGGCAGUGGGCAGCAGGAGGGGGAGCAGGGGGCAGUGGGCAGCAGGAGGAGGAGCAGGGGGCAGUGGGCAGCAGGAGGAGGAGCAGGGGGCAGUGGGCAGCAGGAGGGGGAGCAGGGGGCAGUGGGCAGCAGGAGGAGGAGCAGGGGGCAGUGGGCAGCAGGAGGAGGAGCAGGGGGCAGUGGGCAGCAGGAGGAGGAGCAGGGGGCAGUGGGCAGCAGGAGGAGGAGCAGGGGGCAGUGGGCAGCAGGAGGAGGAGCAGGGGGCAGUGGGCAGCAGGAGGAGGAGCAGGGGGCAGUGGGCAGCAGGAGGAGGAGCAGGGGGCAGUGGGCAGCAGGAGGAGGAGCAGGGGGCAGUGGGCAGCAGGAGGAGGAGCAGGGGGCAGUGGGCAGCAGGAGGAGGAGCAGGGGGCAGUGGGCAGCAGGAGGAGGAGCAGGGGGCAGUGGGCAGCAGGAGGAGGAGCAGGGGGCAGUGGGCAGCAGGAGGAGGACCAGGGGGCAGUGGGCAGCAGGAGGAGGAGCAGGGGGCAGUGGGCAGCAGGAGGAGGAGCAGGGGGCAGUGGGCAGCAGGAGGAGGAGCAGGGGGCAGUGGGCAGCAGGAGGAGGAGCAGGGGGCAGUGGGCAGCAGGAGGAGGAGCAGGGGGCAGUGGGCAGCAGGAGGAGGAGCAGGGGGCAGUGGGCAGCAGGAGGAGGAGCAGGGGGCAGUGGGCAGCAGGAGGAGGAGCAGGGGGCAGUGGGCAGCAGGAGGAGGAGCAGGGGGCAGUGGGCAGCAGGAGGAGGAGCAGGGGGCAGUGGGCAGCAGGAGGAGGAGCAGGGGGCAGUGGGCAGCAGGAGGAGGAGCAGGGGGCAGUGGGCAGCAGGAGGAGGAGCAGGGGGCAGUGGGCAGCAGGAGGAGGAGCAGGGGGCAGUGGGCAGCAGGAGGAGGAGCAGGGGGCAGUGGGCAGCAGGAGGAGGAGCAGGGGGCAGUGGGCAGCAGGAGGAGGAGCAGGGGGCAGUGGGCAGCAGGAGGAGGAGCAGGGGGCAGUGGGCAGCAGGAGGAGGAGCAGGGGGCAGUGGGCAGCAGGAGGAGGAGCAGGGGGCAGUGGGCAGCAGGAGGAGGAGCAGGGGGCAGUGGGCAGCAGGAGGAGGAGCAGGGGGCAGUGGGCAGCAGGAGGAGGAGCAGGGGGCAGUGGGCAGCAGGAGGAGGAGCAGGGGCAGUGGGCAGCAGGAGGAGGAGCAGGGGGCAGUGGGCAGCAGGAGGAGGAGCAGGGGGCAGUGGGCAGCAGGAGGAGGAGCAGGGGGCAGUGGGCAGCAGGAGGAGGAGCAGGGGGCAGUGGGCAGCAGGAGGAGGAGCAGGGGGCAGUGGGCAGCAGGAGGAGGAGCAGGGGGCAGUGGGCAGCAGGAGGAGGAGCAGGGGGCAGUGGGCAGCAGGAGGAGGAGCAGGGGGCAGUGGGCAGCAGGAGGAGGAGCAGGGGGCAGUGGGCAGCAGGAGGAGGAGCAGGGGGCAGUGGGCAGCAGGAGGGGAGCAGGGGGCAGUGGGCAGCAGGAGGAGGAGCAGGGGGCAGUGGGCAGCAGGAGGAGGAGCAGGGGGCAGUGGGCAGCAGGAGGAGGAGCAGGGGGCAGUGGGCAGCAGGAGGAGGAGCAGGGGGCAGUGGGCAGCAGGAGGAGGAGCAGGGGGCAGUGGGCAGCAGGAGGAGGAGCAGGGGGCAGUGGGCAGCAGGAGGAGGAGCAGGGGGCAGUGGGCAGCAGGAGGAGGAGCAGGGGGCAGUGGGCAGCAGGAGGAGGAGCAGGGGGCAGUGGGCAGCAGGAGGAGGAGCAGGGGGCAGUGGGCAGCAAGGAGGAGGAGCAGGGGGCAGUGGGCAGCAGGAGGAGGAGCAGGGGCAGUGGGCAGCAGGAGGAGGAGCAGGGGGCAGUGGGCAGCAGGAGGAGGAGCAGGGGGCAGUGGGCAGCAGGAGGAGGAGCAGGGGGCAGUGGGCAGCAGGAGGAGGAGCAGGGGGCAGUGGGCAGCAGGAGGGGACGCAUGCGCCUGGUAACGGGGCAGGUGGGCAGCAGCAAUCACUUGACUCGUCCUUGA